AUACGGGGAGGUCGCGUCAUUCAUCAGAGAAAACGCGAACAUGAGUUUACGUAAAUGAAUAAGACUUUGAGUGAGAUUUGAGGAAGUUGUGUUGAUUCGAGUGAGUGAACAUGAGUGAAAUGUGAGGUGUCAGCAUGGUCGCGCGACCUAUUAGUGCAUCGAACAAGUUCAAGAUCGUGGUGCAUCUUUUGUUUAUACUGCAUGCGGCUAAAGCCCAGAGCCGUGCGCCGCGGAUUAAGGAGCACCCGGCAGACACGAUCGUCGGUCGGAGCGAGCCCGCCACCCUACGCUGUGUAGCCGAAGGCAAGCCCAAGCCGAAUAUACUGUGGUACAAGGACGGCUUUCCCCUCGCCCCCACAGACCACCCUCAUAGGGUUCUACUGGAAGAUGGACUGCUAUUUCUCAGGGUUAUGCGUGGUAAGAAGGAAAGUGACGAGGGCGUCUACUGGUGCGUCGCACGUAACACUGUCGGGGAAGCGGUUAGCAAGAACGCCACCCUAACCAUUGCUGUUCUCCGGGAUGAGUUUAGAAAAGAACCACGUGACGUUAGAGUUGCUAGUGGGGAACCUGCUUUAUUAGAGUGUUUGUCACCCAGAGGUGUACCGGAUCCUUCGGUGCAUUGGACCAAAGAUGGCCGCACUUUGGAUGUUGAAGUCAAUGGAAGGAUAUCGAUAGUAGACGAAGGUAAUCUGAAAAUAGUGGAGAGUCUUCCUUCAGACAGUGGGGUAUACAAAUGUAUAGCGUACAACGUAGCCGGAGAAAGGCAGUCGCGUCCUGCUACGUUGCUCGUAUUACGUCGACCGCAUUUUCUCGUGAAACCGAAUAAUGUAACGGCACUAAUAGGACAGAACAUUGAAUUUCAUUGUCAAGCAUCACCAGAGUCAGAUGUAUCAGUGACGUGGGCUCGCGACAAAGGUCAACUGUCACCGUAUGCGAUAAUUAGAAGGGGCUCAUUAAGAAUAGACCGAGUGAUGUCAUCUGAUGGAGGAACGUACACUUGUCAUGCAGAAAGCCAAGCUGGAUCCAGUACAGCCAGCGCUAUUUUAACUGUGCACUCACUGCCUCAUUUCACUCGAGUGCCUUCGGAUCAAACUGCCUGGGAAGGGGAAUCAUUAUCAUUUCCAUGCGAAGCAGAGGGUACGCCAAAACCAUUGGUGUUCUGGUCUAUGGAAGGCCUACAAGAGCUUAUAUUUCCGAGUUCAGUUAAUGGCGCAUUCUUACACAUAGACAGAGUUUCAACUCAACAUGCCGGAAGAUUAACAUGUGUUGCUGUAAGUGCAGCAGGUAGCGCACUUCAUACAACUACAUUGCAGGUGUUGAGGAGAGAAGCCAAUUCAUUUUCUGAAAAUUCUGAAUCAUCAUCUCCACAACCAGAGCUAAACAAACCUCAAAACCAUCCACCAAUGACACAGUAUGAGUUGGUGCAAGCUCGAAGAUAUUUACAACAGGAUGUGUUAGCUCUAAGAAGAGUUGAAGGAAUUUCAGCAAAUACUCUAAAGAUUGUUUGGGAUGUGUUGACUGAUUACAAUGAAUAUUUAGAAGGUGUAAAGAUAUGGUUCAAUGGAACGUCCUUGAAUAGAAAGUUUGCUUUCGAUUUACACAGCGCACAAGAAAUGAAUGGUUCAUUAGAAAGUAUCGUAGAAUUUACAAAAUAUGAUAAUUUUACAAUGACAACAGUCCAUAAUAGUGGCUCGUCGAGUCACGUCAUAACAGGGUUAUUACCAUACGCACAGUAUAAUAUAUUUUUGAUGCCAUUUUACAAAUUACUUCUUGGGAAACCAUCAAAUAUGAAAAGUGGAUAUACAGAAGAAGAUGUACCUUCUGAAGCACCCCAAAACGUGUCCGCUGGAGUGAUAAAUGCCACAUCGGCUUGGAUACGAUGGGAUCCCCCACCAGUGCAUAGUUGGAAUGGAGAACUCUCUGGUUACUUGAUUGAGGUUAGAGUGGGCUCGGGUACGGGAGGUCGUGUGGUGGGUCAGAUGUCUCUGGGAGCGCGCACGCGGGCGGCGGCGGCGAGCUCGCUCCGCGCGGGCGGCCACUACAGCGCGCGCGCCGCUGCCGUCACACGCCGCGGACACGGGCCCUUCAGUGCGCCGGCGCAGAUACAUGUGCUGCCCACACACACGCAGAGACACUAUGUGCAGACCGAACCAGCAAGGGAUAAAGCAAUAUUGUCAAUGUUCCAAGAAACUUGGUUGUUAGUUCUGAGUUUAACUUUAUUAGCCAUAGUAUUGUUGGGUGCUGGAGUUAUUGUUUAUUUACGCCAGCGACAGUCGAAGCAGAGAAAAGGGCAUGCAACUGGAGGUGCUCCAAUUUCAAAUUCCCAAUGCUUACUAGGAAAAGAGGCAGUAUGGCUUCGCGAGAGACCAUUAUACGAGGGAUCUAAUGAACCGAGAAUAGAAAUAUUGAAUUGCCACCAAAGCCUCUUACAUAGUGGACAUACAAUUGAUACAAUGGCAAUGGAAGCAGAAUAUAGCCUACCACAACAGCACUCAAACGUAAAUGUGAUGAUACAAAAUGAUCAUAGACGAAUACAACCAGAACCUUACGCAUCUAGUGCUAUUUAUACAGAACUGAAUUAUCAGGACCAAACAGAUGCAGAAGAUUCAUGCAUAAAAUGUACAGUCAGUCCUGAAUCUUGUGAUAAUAGUAUGGUGAGGUCCUUUGCUGAAAGUAAUCAAUAUUCAAAUGAGGAAUGCUCUACCUGUUGUCGUAGUAGUACGUCUACUCUCACAAAAGAUUACAGUGAUAUGACAAAAUGUGGUAAUGAUGAUGAGAUUCAAGACAUAUCAAUGGAUGAGUGUCCGUCGUGCAAGACCGCUCAAUCUCGGUCGUCUAGUCAACACGAUGGCAACAAGGAAUGGGCAGUAGCGGAUGUAGAGUAUGAUUAUCCUCAGUGGCAAUGGUUGGGAAGAGAAAAUAGCUUCCGGCAAAUGAGUAUAGAAUCAAAACAUUCCAGGCAAAGCGAACAGAAUUGUAGAAUGAAUUUGUGUGAUAUCCUUCCACCUCCUCCAUACGAAAGGGAAUCACAGUACAGAGAAAUGCGCGCGUUUACUAACAACUCAGGAACGUCCGGUUGCUCGGGGCAUUCGUACAGAAGUUAAUUAAGUAAAUAUCAUUGAAACUAACCAAGCAAUAAUUAAUUUAACUUGUACAUAAUGUAAAAAAGUGACGUAAUAUUAAUACAAUUGUGAAAAAAUUGGAUCGAGUGAAUCUAGUAAACAAUUAGACUAGGGGAUAGAUGCAGCUAAAAAUAAUGAAAGUAACUUUAUUUCAAAGUAACAUCGAAUAAGCUGAUGAAAAAAUUAUAUAAAUGUUUAAAUAACUUCUAAUUCUGAAGAAUUUUACAAUGUGCAGACGACAUUGUGAAGGUUGUAGGUAAUGUUUGGUCUGGUUUGCGUAUGUGUAUCAAAAUAUAGACUGCUUUACUGUAACGUAUAGAAAUUUAAGUAGUCCAAAAUCAUCGCAAAGAAUGGGAAAGUCCUAUAUUUUUAUAAGAAAUCAUAAGUAAAAAAUAUGAAUUUCUUAA